CUCCCUGUCAAUUGACGUUGACGUGUCCAACUCUAUGUACUGUAUUGCGGUGUGUUUUGGUUCUCUUUCAAUAAAACUUAAUUAAAUUUUCGCAUUUGUUUGCAUUUACCACCAAAUCCGUACAAAAUGACAAACAUCAACGUUGUAUUGAACAAAUUCUACGACGAAUACGUCAACAACACCCCGAAAAAGCUUAAAAUCAUUGAUGCCUAUCUGUUUUACAUUGUGCUUACCGGCGUCACGCAAUUCUUGUACUGCUGCCUCGUUGGAAGUUUCCCGUUCAAUUCAUUCCUGUCCGGCUUCAUUUCCACAGUGAGCUGCUUCAUUUUGGGAGUAUGUCUUCGUCUGCAAGCCAACCCACAAAAUAAAUCGCAAUUUUACGGAAUUUCUCCGGAAAGAGGUUUUGCUGACUUUAUAUUGGCUCACAUCAUUCUGCACAUUGUCGUCAUGAAUUUCAUUGGCUAGGAAGCUACAAGAUUCCAAUACAAAUUGUCUGAUUCGAAUCAGUGCUAAUUAUAAGAAGUUCUCUCACAAAUUACGAACAAU